UGUAUUGAAGACAGAUUCAUUACAUUCUAUUACAUUAUGAACAUUCAUCAGUCUUUCCUGGGAUGAUAAUGUUGUGGUUUUAAGAUUAGAAAAAAAAUGUUGGAAGAAAAUGACAAAGUGGGGCUGUAAAAUCCUCUUUCCAAAACUGCAGAGCUUUGCAAUCAUCUCCCGUUUCUUGUUGUUCACCGGUCUCCAUUCAAUCCACUCUCCCCAUUUUCCCUUUCAUUUCAUUCUCAGUUUUUCCUCGAAUGUUAUCUCCAAACCCUAGCCUUUUCCACGCCAAGCCAUCCCCACUACUUCCCAUCCUUCCACGAACCUCAAUCCGCUGCUUCGCCUCCGCCGGCGAUAUUCCCGCCGGUCCCACCUCCCGUAAGUGGUUCCAUUUCCCGACAGCCUCCGAUAUUUACGGAGGUGGUGUGAGAAUCGGACAAGAUAACUACGAAGCCCCACCUGGGAGUAGCAUCAAGGUCAAAAAAUGGUCGAGGAAUCGGGAGAGCUAUUUGACUGAUGACGAUGAACCUCUUCCUCUUCCUAUGACCUACCCUGAUUCUUCCCCUGUUACCCCUGAAGAAAUCGAUAAGCGACUCCAAUGUGACCCCGAAAUCGAGGAUUGUAAGGAAGUGGUUUACGAAUGGACUGGAAAGUGCAGGAGUUGCCAGGGCACUGGACUUGUUAGCUACUAUAAUAAAAGAGGAAAAGAGAUUAUUUGCAAAUGUAUACCUUGCCUUGGAAUUGGUUACGUGCAGAAUAUAACAGCUAGGAAGGAUAUUGAAGUGAUGAAGGAUGUGGAUAACGGAAAGCCACCUUGAACUUUUUCCAACUUGUGUUUGGAAUGAUUUGUUAACAACUUUCCGGAUUCGUAUUUUUCUAACACCUUUUGUCGAACAUUUUACGUAGACUAUUCCUUACAUGUGUAGAGGGUGAAAGAGAGCCAAAAAGAAAAAAGAAGAAUUAAGAGAUUUUUCUGAUUGAGAUUUGAAAGAGGGAAAAGGAAUCGCAUGUAAGUUUA